UUUGCCAGGGCUUUCCUCAGUCGGCGUUCAGCGCACUAAUUCUCGACUCGUCUCCGUGUGAUGGCUGGAGCAAAUUACAUGGGUGGAAAGAGAAACGCAGCGAAUUCGCGAGCAAAGGAUAAGACAAAUCGAGCUCAAAAGCGCUUUUUCGGCCAGCAACGCUUGAAUCUUGCUUCCAAAAAACCGACAGAGGAGGACAACGUGUCGCAACCUCCGAAGACCCGUCACAUCUCUGAAUUCACUUUUGCGCACGCCCAGAAACGCAUACACGAAACAACCGAACAGCACACUUUCGUCCCAGAACCUAUUCAUGUAGCACCCUACACACCGACUUCGAAAGAUCGGCUGAAGAAGAUCUGUGGGCAGCAUAUUAGUCCAGUGUCCUCCAGCACGACUUCUAGAGUCCUCGAAGCAAUUGAUACCACUGAACCCAUCUCUUUGAGAGCCGCCAUGGACAAAAUUCUUGCCUUAUCAGACCUUGCAGGACUUUCUAGGCUAAAUGUCCCCUCUAUGCGACCGAAAAGGGGACGCUCACCCUCCGAGUCCUCUCCUGUACCAAAAAAAUACUAUGCCUCUUCUCCUUUACCCCCAUCCUCUGCACCUCGUACUUCGAGUUCAUCUUCAAGAUUAGUAGAUGAUGAUACGAGGCAUUUCAACGUCUCUUCGUAUUCCUCCUUCCACAACUCCAGGAGUGGUUCAGUGGACCAUGACUACUCCGAUGGGAUUUUUCCGUCUGAAGCCAUUGAGAUGGUGAAUCGCAAUAGAAACAGUUCACCCCGGUAUCAAAAUGUCUAUCCCUCACCCCUCGAACAAGCAAAAUCAUCUCCUCAAACACAGCACUGGGUCUCCUUGGGUAUUACCCCCCUCACCAACGAUCAACCAGACUGCUAUUCACAUCGGAUUCUUCGAAAACCUCUUUCUCCUUCGGCCCGUAACAAUUCUGUAACGAGAGGGAGAUUCUCGUUUUCUGGUAACGUUUUCGAUUACGAAGAUCCGUGGAAAGUCGUCGGCCUGGUCCUCGGAGUUGAGAAGAGCCCUCAUGCUCCGAAAACUAGAAACUUCAGCGCCAUGUUGGAACAAAUACCUAGUCCCUCGUCAGAGUCAGAGCGUCUCUCUGCAGGUUCUCUCCAACAGUACGAGCGUGACUCCUUGUUCUCUGAAUAUCCUACUCAAGGCGAAGGAAUUAUUUGCGACGAUGAACAACACAAUCACCUGCAUAGUUUUAUUGCUGACAGCCACACUAUGGAUGAGACGCAGUCGUCUCAGACUCGGCUGAACUCCUUGUUCUCUUGUUAUUCUGAUCUGGAUGACACAGAAACGUACAGCGAAGGUGAAUUGAAUGCCAGCGAUAGUUUCGGUCUACUCCCUGCUCUAUCUAUCGCGGAAACAGAUAACAAAUAUGAUGACCAUGGUGCGGGGACGGAAGGACACAGGGCUCAAAACCAUUCCAAACCAUGUAAAGCUCUGGAUUCUCGCCCUCGUUCAACCCAAUAUAACAACCAUUCCUCCACCUCCCCUUUGAUGGCCGUGGUCGAUAUGCAAAAUUCUCAGUCCCUCUAUAGUUCUAAUCUUACGUCUGAAUUGACAACCAGGACGCCUGAUAGAUUUGAUAAAAUAUCCUUCCAUUCCGCACAAAAUAAAUAUCCCGAGAGUCACAGGCUUCGGGAAGUUGCAUCAACCAACACUUUCGACUUCGACUGUGAACGCCUCCUCAGCUAUGAUACACCUUCCAGACUUUCUUCUUUUGCAGCCAAAUCCAGCUCUCGUGAACAUAAGAUCACUCCUACUUUCGACGUUUCUUGUCAAUUUCUACCGUCGUCACUCCUGAACCAUCGGCCUUUCGAUAUAGCGACACCCGCUGCUGUUCCUGCUCAACGACACUCCGGGAGUUCUGGUGAUUUGCUAUGUGAUUUGCAUGCGUCUCCACUUGCUAAAGAAUCUCGUUCACCGCCAAGAUACCCUACGCCUCCUGCUCCUCUUGCCCUUCCCAAUAAUGGAACAGAAGUUCCUGGAGGCGACGUUCCUCAAGAGCCAAGAGACCCCGAAGUCUGCGAAACAGAAGAUGAACAUGCUAGCAUGCCGUCGCGUUACCCGUUUUUCGCUAGACAGGAACUCACUCAUUGGCAAGGACCAACUUUGUUUGAUGAUGGUGAAGACAUUGAGAGCGAUUGA